AUGCUUCUAAAAAUUUUUAAAAUUAAAAAUAAAAGUUUUGGGGCAUUAAAAUACAUCAAAAUAAAAAAAUUUAAUGGCCUUAUUUAUUUUCGAUAUAAAUUUAAAAUAAUAAAUAUCUCUAUGAAAACAAUUUCAAUUGAGACUUUGUCUACCCAACUUAAUGGAAAUAAGCAUUCAUACCAAGAAAAAGGAGAUGCUCUUCAGCACAAUGAAAAUAAUUAUUGUGAAGAAUGCAACUUUAUAUCGAAAAAAUUCCUUAACAGAUCGUUUUUAAACCACUCAAAUUGCAAGUUAUCAGAAAGAGAUAGAGGUAUUUUAAUCACUAAAGACAUCAAAAAUGAAUCUGAUCAGAUAGGGCGACAAAAUUCAUUGCAUUUCGGGAAUAAUGAGGCCAAUAAAACCUAUAAUUAUUUUGAAGCAAAUGACACACAAUCUGAUAAUAUAAAAUGGCUUCGGACGAAAAGGCAAUUUGCUCCGUGAAUUCCUUUUUCUUUAUUCAACUUUUAUUAUUAUUGGGUUAGGCUUCAUACUUGACUUUCUGCACAAGAGGAGAAAAUGGCAAGAAAAAAUAUACUUCGCCCACCUUAUUUAUCGUGCUUUACCUCUUCCCCUGUUGAUAUAAAAUGUUGCUGGAGAAAAAUUUGAUAGAGUAAAACAGCGCGCCAAGCCGAUAAUCUCUCCCAUAAUUCUGGGUUCCCAAAUGACUUUACGGGGACUUGAAGGAGUGAACCGGAGUGCAAGUCCCGACAUGAGUUUGAGAGUAGCGGCAAGUCGGAGAAAAAAUGUGUGACAUUACACAUCUAGAGGUCAAUUAAAAUUUCAUUAAAUUAAGUUAAUUAAUAUUGAUCGACACGCAAUCUUUGCUUAAAUUUAAUGAUUAUUGUGUCUCUUCGAACCUCUCAAAAUUAGAGAAGAUUUUGAAGGAAAAAUUAGCAAACAGGCAACAGUUAGAAAGUCAGAUAAAUGAGAGAAGUAAAGAACUGAAAGCUAUUGAAGAUAGCACAGCCAAAAUAAGCGGAAAAUAUUUCAAAUAUUUAGAAAUCGAUCAAAAUCUUUCAAAAACUAUACAAAACUUAACAGUAGAAAUAGAAAAUAAAAAUUACUCGCAAAGGGAAAAAAAUGACAUAUUGAGUAAUUUAGAAAAUUCUUUAGCGAUAAAAGAAGAAGAAACUAACUCCCCCCCCUCCGUGAGUGAACAAAACCAUUAGAAAAAUCGGCAUUUUUUGCCUAAAAACCCACCCUCCGUGAGUGAACAAAAAUGUUUUUAAUAGAAAAAUUUUUUAUGGAAAAAAAUUUUGAUAUAUAAGUGAUAAUUAGCAUAAUGAAAUCUAGAGCUAAUUCUGUUUAAUUUUAAACAAAUUGCGUUUUAAACAUAAAUUUUAUAAAUUAAAUUAAUAUUUGCUUUCCAAUUUUUGCGAAUUAGGAUUUUUUUAAAUUUCGAAAAAAAAAAAAUUUUAUAAAAUUUAUAUAUAAAUUGUUUUAAAAAAAACACAAUUAUUAACUCCGUGAGUGAACAAAAUUUUUUUGUUCACUCACGGAGGGGGGGAGUAAGGAUCCCCCCCCCCUCAUUUGUCCAAUUUUCUAGUCUUUUUUUUAUAAGAAAAUUUUUUUUUUUCAAGACCUCAUUUGUCCCAAAAUCUAGUCAAAAAUGAUUUGUCCCAUUUUCUAGUCUUUUUUUGGAUUUUUUUAGAAUGCCCUAAAUUUUAGUUUUUUCCUUUAAAAAAACUAGAAAAUGAAACAAUUGAGGUCCUGAAAUUUUUUUUUCUAUCAAAAUUUUGACUAGAAAAUUGGACAAACGAGGUCCUAAAAAAUUUUUUUUCCGAUAAAAAAAAACUAGAAAAAUGGACAAAUGAUAAAAGACUAGAAAAUUGGACAAAUGAGGGGGGAUCCUUAAAUCACUGGCAUUGAGAGUUGAGCUUGCAAAUAUACGAAUAAAAGAAGCAAGUUGAAUGAAGGAAGAAAAAGAUACGGAAUUAUUUUUAGUUAGCAAAUUAAUUCCAGAAUAUGACAAUGAGAUUCAAAAUUUGAAUAAGAUGGCAGCAUUUAAUGCUGAAGAAAUUAAAGAACUUAAAGAAGCUGAAGCUGGACUAAAAGAAAUUGUUAGUACACUCCCCUUUGAUUUAAUAAGCUUAGGCUUAUUAAAUUUUAUGUAAUUAAUACUGAGUUUAUUAUUAAUAAAUUUAAAAAUUAAUGUCUUAAUGCAUGAUAUGCUUUGCAUUUAUUUAUGGCCCUGGCAAGCCAAAAGAGAUUUCACAUGCGAAAAUCCUAAAUUUUCAUGUGAAAUCCUUUUAGCCCAUCAGAAACAUUAAGAAAUUAAAGCAACAGAUGAUAUUUUAUAAAACAAAUUUAAAAAUAGAUCGAAUUAUAUUAUGAAAGAGGCUGUAAUUUGGAAGAUGAUAUUAAAGAUCAAAGGGGCAUUGUCAAAGAAUUGACUUCUACUAUUAACGAAUUGAAUAUUAGAAGUAAUAAAUUACAAGAAAGCCUUGCUAAAACUAAAGUAAAGAAAACGAAAUUGAAAUUUGAAAUAAAAGAAAUUAGAAGCAAUAUUGAGCAAAACCAAGAAUUCUACUUCAAUAAUGAAUCUGAACUAAGAAAGCUUAAUCUGCAGGCAAGCGGGACAAUUAAAAGUCUUGACGAUUUGAGCCAAGAAAUCAGUGCUCACUGUAUUAUGUUUGGCGAAAUUGAAAGAUCUCCUAUUAAUAGGAAAACUAUUCUAAGCUCUGGAAGGAAAUCAAUGAUAUUUUAA